UCUUGCCAAGAGGGCGGCCAUUUUUCGUAGCUUCCGCUACAAAUAUACGUUGACAAUCCUUAAAAUAUCGGGGCCAUCUUUGGGUAUUUCGAAGCUUAACUGGGACUAGGAAGACUUCAAUUUAUAGAAACUUUUUACUAUGGGGACAAAGGAUGAUGAAUACGACUAUCUAUUCAAAGUUGUACUUAUAGGAGAUUCUGGGGUCGGAAAAUCAAAUUUACUUUCUCGAUUUACGAGAAAUGAAUUCAAUUUGGAAUCGAAAUCUACCAUUGGUGUAGAGUUUGCAACACGAAGCAUCCAAGUCGACGGAAAAACUAUAAAAGCGCAAAUAUGGGAUACCGCUGGGCAAGAACGAUAUCGAGCAAUAACAAGCGCGUAUUACAGAGGUGCUGUUGGAGCUUUAUUGGUCUACGACAUUGCUAAACACUUGACUUAUGAAAAUGUAGAAAGAUGGUUAAAAGAACUGAGAGAUCAUGCAGAUAGUAACAUUGUCAUCAUGCAAGUUGGUAACAAGAGUGAUUUAAGACACCUUAGGGCAGUUCCAACUGAUGAGGCAAAAGCAUUUGCUGAGAAAAAUGGAUUGUCUUUCAUUGAGACAUCUGCCUUGGAUUCUACCAAUGUUGAAGUAGCUUUUCAAAACAUAUUAACAGAAAUCUACCACAUUGUAUCUCAAAAACAGAUACAUGACUCACCAACAUCAGAUGGAAGUCACCCCAGUAACAAUGUACAGACCAUACAUGUGGCUCCAACUACAGAUGAAGACAGAAGGAAAAGAGUACAGUGUUGUAACACUUAGAUAAUUCACUAGUAUUAUUGUGUUCAGAAAUAAUAUUCUCUUCUAUUCAAAAACUUAGUGGCCAAUAUCUUAUCCUUUGCCAACAAGUUUUUGUGAUGAAUUGAUAAUAAUCAUCAAGAUGUUUCCUUCCUCYGAACCUCUUGAAGCAUAAAGUAGARCCAUCRGCAUAGUGCAGGCCCACUUUCUAUUGUAGUUCGUUGUAAUUGGGGCUGUUUAUCUUAGAGGGUUGCCCUUGUUCUGUUUGAUGUUGCUUUUUUUUUGCAAGGAGGAUUCUUGUGUUGACUAUUAUUUCCAUGUGUCUGUUCAUCAUGAAGAAGUAGGGGGCUAUCCCUUAUCAAGAUGGGGGGUUACUUGUUUUCCUCAAUUUUAUUACUAGCCAUCUACAUUGAAAGGCCACUAACYWAAUACUACUCAAAGCUUCAUGGAAAUGCUUAGCCAAAAUCUCUACCUCAGCUUUAGAUAGGUUCAUUCUGUCUACCGUGCUAGAACCUCUACCUURAAAAAUGAGUCUAUAGUCUGUUUUAGUUUCAUGUGCAAUUGUCAAAUAUUUCUUUUGGUACUAAUGAUUUCAUUGCUGUGUAAUGCUGAUUUUUGUGAUUUGUUGUUAUGUUUGUUGUACAGAUGUCAAUGAUGGUGGGGUUGAUKAAUUAGUGUUUAGAAGUAAUUAUAAAAUAAUCUUUGUCUUACUCAAGUAUCCAUAAACUAAGCUGAAGCUGCAGUUCAUGGUAAGGCAGAUCAAACYGSGCAAGCAAAACAAUAGAUUUAAGACCCCAAGAGGGCAAARAUCUUUUGUUUUGUCCCCAAGCUGAUACUGCUUUGAUUCAAGGGGUCUGUUUCGAUGUGAAAUGUUUCUGACCAUGCRGUCUGAGUUCAGUAGUGUGCACUGUUGUGGGUACUURAGUAAGGUCAUUCUAAAGUGUAAUAUAGCAAUUCAUUUAUAUCUUCUGUUCGUCUGCAGUCACAAGAAAACGUCGUGUUGGCAUGAAUUUGUAUUUUCGUACAACAUGGCUUAUGAUCGACAAAUUUAUACUUAGUUUAAACCAUGUUCWGUAGACAUAACAACAUUUUUGUUUUGCCACAUGGGUUAUAACUAUUCUAGUCAAAAACACAUCAUCUAGAUUUAGUCGAUUGUGCCAACAAGUCGUUAUUAAAGCCCAAUAAUACUAUUCUAAUUUCAAAGGGUUUACCAUAAUGAUAUUCAGAAAGUUUGUAAUAUUAAUGUGCAAAAAAGUGUUUUUGUGCAUUUGUCAAUAUUUUCUUUUUAUGGCCAUUUAUCCUUUCAUUAAAAUGAAAUAAAUAAAAUAUCCGAUUAAAUGUGA